AUCUCAUCGAAGAUCGAUCGUAGUAGAGGCGCAAUAGCGUUCGUAGACGGCUACACAACCUGGAUCACGGGCCCAUCUGCCGCGGAGAACACCGACGUUCUACAGAGGACGGCUGUGGCCAAAGUAGAGCAGUGGACACGUCGGAGCGGCGCGGUGUUCGAAGCGGACAAGACAGUCUUCGUGCAUUUUACCCGC